UCACGUGUUUGAAUUAUGAUGCCACUCAUGGCUGCAAUUUUAAAGUUUGGAUUAGCGACAAGCGGCCGGAGCAGCCGGCAAGUUGCUCUAAGAGGUAUAGUAAGUAUACGUCGAUUCGUCAGGAUGUCUCAGUUAUUGGACAAUGUGUCCGAUGUGGACAUCGAUGGCUACGGAAGAUUUAAGUAUAUUUUAAUCAACGUGCAGGAUGACGUUGGAAAAACUAGCAAAAAGAUUGUCAGAGGAUACGCAAGAGCACAGUGGCAUGCUGAUAUAUUCGAUGAAGUAGAUGAACAAAUCAAGAAACAUGCUGGUCUACAAGCGAAUUGUGUAGGCGGUGGAAGAAUUGAGCACGACCCCGACGAAAAGACCAUCAAAGUUUAUGGAUAUUCGCAAGGUUUUGGCAAAGCGGAUCAUCAAGUGUCGGUUGAUUUAUUGAAGAAAAAAUAUCCUGACUACAAUAUCACCUGCUCAGACGAAGGUUACUAAUUAAGAAAUAAAUACAUGAUGACGCGAUACACUAUCACGCCUUUUAAUUUAACAAGUAUAUGAUACAGGAUUGAAUAUUGCUUUGUACAUUUAAUACAUUAUUUAAUUACUAAUACAGUUACUAAUAAAAUAUAUGUAUGUGUAUCGGAAUGAAAUUAGAUAUGUUUUAAUUGUUAAACAUUCUAACUGUCUAUCUGUUUUAUAGAAUGUCGCAUAAAAUGUAAGUAAAUUAAAUAAUUUUAAAAUUAAA